AUGGAGCUUUACAACGACGGCAAGUUCGAGAAGUGGGACUGGUUGAACCCAAAGACGACGAACAGUCUGCCGAGACUGCUUAGGAUCUCGGACUUUGGCGCUAUCAAUGCGGACGGUGUCAAUCCGGCGUUCCACGGGGAUAUUCUGGGGGAUUGGCGCGAGGAGGUCAUUGUCACCAACUCGGAUUACAGCCAACUUAUCAUCUUCACCACGGACCGUCCAUCUGACGUCCGGCUGUAUACUCUACCACAUAACCCUGCCUAUCGCAACUGCAUGACGCUCAAGGGUUACGUGCAGUCUCACCACCUGGACUACUUCCUUGGUCAAGGGAUGACUACUCCCCCGCAGCCAAAUAUUCGUUACGCGGGGGCUUAG